AUGAACAAGAAAAAUUUGAGCCAAAAAGAGUUGGAAGAUAUAGCUGAAAAUCUGACAGACUUUUCCUCUGGGUCUUCAGAUGUAUAUAAACCAAGUACUAGUGAAUCUGAUUCUUCAGAUGACUAUGAAAAGAAAAACAAUACAGAUACCAUGAAAAGAAAGAAGAUUACUAAAGGUCCUAAAAAUGAUGAAAGUACUCAAGACAAAGAAUCAAGUAGUGAAGAUGAUUCGGACAAUGAUGAUACAAAUAUUGAGGUAGAAUCAGAAACUUGCGAUGAGGAGCAUACAAAUCGACUACCUGAAUGGAUUGUUCCAAGCAAUACAUUUGUACCUGCAAAAUCUAUUCCUUCUUCAAGACCUUGUAAAAUUUAUGACAAAUAG